GUUAAGUUUGUGACGAAUGGUGGGAAGCACCUGGAUCGUUAUCGGCAUUUGUGAAAAAUAGAGAAAAAAAAACAUUUUGCUGGUACCAAAAUGGAAGCCAAAACCAUAUUCGACUUUUCGGCGGUGGACCUCAACGGGAACGAAGUCAGCCUCAGCAAGUACAAAGGAACGCCUUGCUUGAUAGUGAACUUUUCCACCAAGGAUGCGGCGUGUGAAAAAGUGUUCAACAUCCUAGCGUCACUGCACAAAAAGUAUCACAACGAAACCAGACAAGAUCUAAACAUUCUGCUGUUUCCAUGCUUCCAAUUCGGCGCCAGUGAAUCUGCGAACGAAAUUUUCGCCUUUUUCGAGAGCAACAGCAAUCGCCAGGUUGGAGAUGUUUUUGCUGAGAUUGAAGUCAAUGGCUCUAAAUGUACGCAAUUGUACCAGUUCUUGAAGCAGAAAAAGCGAGGAAACUGUGGGGCGUUUAUCAACUGCAACUUUACGAUGUUUCUGACCGACCGAAAUGGGGUUCCCGUUGAGCGAUUCGGGACAAACGUGCAUCCCUAUUUGCUGGAGGAUGUGAUCGAUCAGCACUGUCGAUAAUCGUUGAAACGGACGUCUAAUGUAUGUUGGAAUAGCUAAGUGAAUAUGGAAAUCUCUAAUAAAGUCUAAUUUUAC